AUGCGUUCAGCUGUGUGCGAGUUCACGAGCCGGCCAUGCAGGACAAAGAGACCAUCCUGUUCUGCGUUAAUCUCUACAGCGUCCGCUUCAGUCAGGAGCUCAACCUCAAACACACACGCUCACCCGGCCACGACUUUGCCUGGACAUCAGGGCCCUUGUGUCUGCCUCGAACUGGAGCUACAGUGCCCCUGCUGGUUGAACUUGAAAACACAUCUAAUGUGCAGUAUAUCAGUAAGAUGGACGGUGCUGAGAUGUUUUCCAGUCUGGCUCUGACUCAGGCCUUCGCAGAGGGCUCAGUGUUUUCUAUGGACUUUCUGGAUUCUCUCAUGGCUGCUACGUACUUCAACACUCGUGUCCCAGCUCUGAUCUGCACACUGGUGACUGGGGGAGACACCCCCCUUCUGGAGGCCCAGCUGGCUGAGAAUAAUCACCUGGACGAGGGCAUUAUGAGCCCCCAGCUUGGAGCCCUCCGACAACGGUCCAAACUCGUCCAGCUCGCCCUGAACAUGCAGCCGCUGAAGAAUUUCAAGUGUAAUCACUUUAAGGAUUUAUUCUGCCAAGCGUUGGAAAAUCUGGAGAUUAUGUGCUUUGGUCUCUACCGCCUGCUGGACCCCACAAAUGCCUCUCUAAAACGAUACGUGAUCACCAACCCACCAGCUGACCUCCUUCUGCUACCAACGGACAAGGUCUUCUGUUCUGUCCCCUUCCACCAGAGCCACCUGCUGAUCGAGACUGAGACGUUCUCCUCUCCACAGCUCUGACGCACUACAGCAGGGCUCAGAAAUGACUGAGAGCUCUUACAGACACAUCACAUCCAGCUAGCCUCAGAGAUUUUACAAGUCCUGCACUUUCCUACCUUCAGAUUAAUA